UGGGAGUUAUCGCUUAUUAGCGAUGAACCCCCCACCUUCGAACAACUGACAACGUUUCUGGAGAUUAGGUGCCGCUCAUUGGCAAUGAUUACCGCGCCUGUUCCGCAGGCAGCAACUAUUAAGCCGACGACGCAUAAAUAUGCUGCGAAAUCAACCAAAGUAUUUCACGCAAUUCCAGAACAAAACCCCGCGCGCUGCAUGUACUGCAAUGCAGCUCAUAAGAUCUACUCUUGCGACAAAUUUCGUAGUUUAGAUUUUACUGCAAAAUCUAAAUUUAUCAAAGAAUCCAAAGCUUGCUUGAAUUGUUUAAGUCCAGGGCAUUACAAAGAACGCUGUAAUAGCUCAUCCGCUUGCCGAAUAUGUCAUCAACGACACCAUACGCUGCUUCACAGUAAUACACGUUCACCCGCCGCCACAUCGGCUCAUGUCGUCGAUGCCAUCGCUGCCGCCACGAAUCCCGCAUCUGUAAGCAACCAUGCAACUGGUUCAUCUGCCACCGCUUUAGCAGUGAAUAGCGCUGCUUCACACGUUUCGUCCUGCUUGAGUGCUGGUUCCAUUCCGCUACCUGCAACGCAAAAAUCAGUUAUAUUAUCUACCGCAUUAGCAAAGAUUCGAGACUGCGCUGGUCAUUGGCAGACCGCACGUUUAUUGUUCGACACCGGGUCGCACGCCUCUUUUGUAACGGAGACAUGUGUACAGCGUUUGGGAUUAACACGUUCAUCGUCUUCUGUAUUUGUCACAGGAAUUUGUUCAUCGCAAGGCGGUCGCUGUAGAGGCGAAACGCUGCUCACGCUUUCGUCUAAUUGUUCGGAUAAAUGCUAUGAUAUUACCGCGCUGAUUCUUCCGAAAAUCACCAACGAUUUGCCGACGCAGACCUUGAGUGUUUCUAGUUGGCCACAUAUCCAAGGCUUAUUCCUAGCUGAUCCACAUUUCGCGAAGCCUGGCCGCAUAGACGUACUCGUAGGCAUGGAUGUAAUGGAUCAACUAAUCUGUGUGGAGCUUCGAAAAGGUCCGUCUGGCACGCCUAUGGCCCAGAAAACAGUUUUCGGCUGGACUUUAUUUGGAAACGUUGACAAUCUUGGUUCGCCAACGCCUAGUUUGCAAUCGCUGCAUUGCGAUGUGCAAUUAGAUCGAGCGCUCGCUAGGUUAUGGGAGCUCGAAGACUCGCCGCAGAAACAGCAUCUCACGCAUGAGGAAAACUUCUGCGAGAAUCACUUCAAUUCUACACAUCAAAGAAUGCCGGAUGGUCGCUUUGUGGUUGAACUACCGCUUAAACCUAACACUGUAUUGGGUGAGUCACGAAACUUCGCAAUACGUAACCUGCUAUGCAUAGAACGAAGGCUCGCUAGCAACAGCGAUUUGCGUUUGCGCUACGAUGAGUUCAUGAGAGAGCUCAUUGACAUGGGUCACAUGGAGGAGGUGUUUGAAACGACGAGUGAGGUGUAUUAUAUGCCACACCACCCAGUCAUUAAAGAAUCUAGCGUUACGACCAAGCUGAGGGUAGUCUUCAACGCGUCCGCCAAAACCACCACGGGUAACUCGCUUAGUGACGCAUUGUUUGUUGGACCUCAGCUACAGCAAGAUUUAUAUUCUAUAUUGCUGCGCUUCAGAACGCAUCGCUACGCGGUAACCGCGGAUGUAGCUAAAAUGUAUCGGCAGGUCUGCGUUUCGUCGAAACACGUCGAUCUGCAACGAAUCGUUUGGCGUCCAGAUCCAUCUUCACCCAUUAGAGAUUACCGCAUGUUACGCGUAACGUACGGGGUGGCCGCCGCGUCUCACUUAGCUGUAAAAGCGUUGCAACAAACUGCUAAGUGCACAACUAAUGGGUGUAAGAAAGCGGUUGACGCGAUCCUCAAUGAUUUUUACAUGGAUGACCUGCUAACUGGAGCCUCUUGCAAGUCACAACUCCGGUUGCUUCAACAAAACGUAUCCGAAAUUCUUCAAGAAGGCGGCUUCGAACUAAGGAAGUGGGCAUAUAACUGCGCUGAGCUGAAAGAAAUCAUCUCCAAGUCAUCUCAAACUAUAUCCCCUUACAUAGUCGACGGUAAGGACGUUCAUGCGUUAGGCCUCAUUUGGAACAUAGAGGGCGACUACUUUACAUUCGCAGUCGACCUAAAGGAGCCACCCGCUAUUUUGACUAAGAGAGCCUUUUUGUCAGAUGCCAGUAUUCUCUUUGAUCCGCUGGGCUUACUUGCUCCUGUGACAAUAUGCUCGAAAAUGUGGUUCCAAGACAUUUGGCGCGCUGAGGUUGGAUGGGAUGACUUGAUACCAGACACAAUAGCAAAUCUAUGGGUUGAUCAUCGCGUGCAGCUGCAGAAAUUAGUAAACUUGAAG